AUGAUGCUGGGAGAGGAGUCGGAACCCGCGAGAGUAUGGGAGGAAGUUGGACAGGAAGCACUUCGACGAGGAGUCAAGCGAAUUGUUAUGAUGGGGGCGCAUUGGGAUGCUAUGGGAGAUUAUAUCGAUGUCAGCAUGAAUCCGGAUGCUAAAUUACUUCCCGUGGGAUCCGUUAAGGACGAUCGAUACCUUCCCUACAAAAUGGUUGCUGACCUGAAGGGAGCUGAACGUGUUAUUACUCUCCUUCGAGCGGCGGGUAUCAAGGCACGACCUAACCGACAAUUCGACUGGAUACACGACACAUUCCUAGUCAUUAUACGCAUGUUUCCACGUUGCCUACCCUUGCCAACAACGAUUGUGUCAAUGAACGCUCGAUACGACCCUCACUUCCACCUAAAAAUUGGUGCAGCAUUGAGCCCUCUACGCUAUGAAGAUACGCUGAUCAUUGGAAGUGGGGGUUCGGUGCACAACCUCUAUCACAACCAUUUCUAUCAAAUGAUCCAAUGGAGAGACAAUUUUGCUCAACCUGUACCCCCAGAGCCGUGGGGACUCGAGUUUCGCCAAGCUGUUGAAGAUGUCAUUACUCAAAACACUGGACCGGAACUACGUCGAGCGAUGACGAGACUUAUGAAACAUCCGAGGUACAAGAUGGCCCACGGGACAGAUGACCACUGGAUGGCCUCGUUAUUUGCAGCUGGGGCGGCUGGAGGCGAGGACGACGUGGGCCCCAAUGUGUUGAUGGCUGAGUGUUGGGAAUUGGUCAACAUGUGCAAUACACAAUACCAGUUGGGUCCAUGGGAUUAA